AUGGACGACACCGAGCGACGCUCCGCCAAGCGCUCGCGAUUCGACCAGACCGAGCCUGAGCCGCGCAAGGCUUCGAGAUUCGACCGUCGCUCCCGAUCCCCACCCGCAAGACGCUCUGAAUCUGGUAGAGAGCGCAGCCCCGUCGCCAAUGAUCAUGCGACGGAGCCCAAGAAGUCACCCGUAGACGCUGCUGCUGCGGCUGCUGCUGCCGCUGCGCGAAUCAACGCACAACUCCAAGCGAAGAAGGGCAUUCAACAUGUCGAUGUUCCUCCGAUCAAAACAGCGACUCCACCUGCCAACUCGGACGCUCAGUCACCCGAUCCGGCCAACACGAUCAAUGGCGAGAUGUACAUUGCCGAUGGCGACUAUAUCAAAGACAUUGAAGUCAACGAUCUCCGCAACAGAUACCUACUGACUAAAGGAUCGACUCAGAAAAUGAUUAAAGAAGAUACUGGUGCUGAUGUUACUACCCGAGGAAGUUACUAUCCCGAUAAGAGCAUGGCGACGUCCGCGAAUCCGCCCUUGUAUCUGCACGUUACCAGUACAUCGAAGACGGGUCUCGAGCAAGCCGUGGCCAAGAUCGAAGAGUUGAUGAAACAGGAGCUCCCUGCUCUGGUUGAUGAGCGCCGUUUCCGUCGCCGUGACCAGGAGCAGGUUGAGAGAGACGAAUAUGGCAGACGUAAAUGGCCUGAGGAGAAAAUCCCCAUUGGUUUGGAAUCCGUCCCCGGGUUUAACCUCCGUGCUCAGGUGGUCGGCCACGGUGGUGCCUACGUCAAGCAUAUUCAACAGGAGACCCAGUGCCGUGUCCAGAUCAAAGGCCGCGGCUCUGGAUAUUUGGAAGCUGCCACUAAUCGUGAGAGCGACGAAGACAUGUACCUUCACGUGGCUGGUCCUGAUCCGAAAAUGGUUGAGAAGGCCAAAGAGCUCUGUGAAGAUUUGAUCGCCAAUGUCAAGGAGCAGUACGAGGAGUUCAAAAGCAGACCUCCCCGCAGCUACGGCGGCGGCGGUGGUUAUGGCGACCGCUCGCGUAGCCAUGACGGCGGCCAUGGAGGGCAUGGUGGACACGGCGGCUACCAGGGAUAUGGUGGCGGUGGGUACAACUCUGGUCACGGAAGCCACGGUGGUCACGGAGGUCACGGAGGCCACGGUAGCCAUGGCGGUCACAACUCUGGGCAGUCGGCCAGCCCGGCUCCCCCCGGCAGCUCUAACAGCCCUGCUCCUGGAGCUGACUACGCCGCACAGUACGCGCAAUAUUAUGGUGGACAGGACCCCUAUGCCGCUUACGGUGGUUACGCUGCAUACGUUCAGAUGUAUCAGCAGUACUAUGCAGCUGCACAGCAGCAACAGCAGCAAGGUUCGCCUGCACCUCCCGGAGCGUCGGCAUCCCCUCCGCCGCCACCCCCGAGUGAGGCCGCCCCGCCGCCACCUCCGCCAAGCUCUGCUCCCCCGCCUCCGCCUCCCUCUGGCUCUCCUCCGGGGACUGGAGGAUACGGUGCAGUUCCACCCCCUCCCGGCCUUUAG